CUGAGAUGCCUCGACAGUUCCCCAAGCUGAACAUUUCGGAGGUGGAUGAGCAAGUGCGACUGCUGGCUGAAAAGGUGUUUGCCAAAGUGCUUCGAGAAGAGGACAGCAAAGAUGCCUUAUCGCUGUUUACUGUGCCCGAGGACUGCCCCAUUGGGCAGAAGGAGGCCAAAGAGCGAGAGCUGGAGAAGGAGCUGGCUGAGCAGAAGUCCGUGGAGACGGCCAAGAGAAAGAAGAGUUUCAAGAUGAUUCGGUCCCAGUCUCUGUCUCUGCAAAUGCCACCCCAGCAAGAUUGGAAGGGCCCUCCGUCGUCCAGCCCUGCCAUGUCCCCCCCGACGCCGGUCCCAGCAGGAACGACUUCCCAGGCAGCUCCUGGGUCAUUUGCUAUGCCCGAGUUUCAGCGUGUCACCAUCAGUGGGGAUUAUUGUGCUGGGAUCACUGUGGAGGAUUAUGAGCAGGCUGCCAAGAGUCUGGCCAAGGCUCUGAUGAUUCGGGAGAAGUACUCGAGGCUCGCCUACCACCGCUUCCCAAGGACCACUGCCCAGUACCUGCGCCCACAGAGAGUUGAGAAGUGGGGCCCUGGGGAUGAAGUAUUUCCAGUGGAAUGGUGCUGUGCACUGGUGGCAGAUGGCUCAGUUCCAGUUUCCCCACAGAAGGAUUUCAGGGAGCCUUUUGGUUCUGCCCAGUUGCAUGUUAUUGGCAUGAACCGUACAGCCAAGUGGGAUGUGUUGGGAUUCAGCCUCCUUAUCUGUCCACAGACCUUUUUUCUCCUGGGGAAAACAUAUUGUCACCGGCGACUUAACUUUUUGGAAUCCAAAUUCAGCCUCCAUGAAAUGUUGAAUGAGAUGUCUGAGUUCAAAGAACUGAAGAGUAACCCUCACCGAGACUUCUAUAAUGUGAGAAAGGUGGACACCCACAUCCAUGCUGCAGCCUGCAUGAACCAGAAGCACCUGCUACGCUUCAUCAAGCACACAUACCAGACGGAGCCCGACAGGAUUGUCACAGAGAAGAGAGGCAGGAAGAUUACGCUCAGGCAGGUGUUUGAUGGCCUUCACAUGGACCCCUACGACCUCACCGUGGACUCCCUGGAUGUCCACGCGGGCCGGCAGACUUUCCAUCGAUUUGACAAAUUCAACUCCAAAUACAACCCAGUGGGGGCCAGCGAGCUCCGAGACUUGUACUUGAAAACGGAAAACUACUUAGGUGGAGAAUACUUUGCACGUAUGGUCAAGGAGGUGGCUCGGGAGCUGGAAGAGAGCAAAUACCAGUAUACAGAGCCCCGACUCUCCAUCUAUGGGCGCUCCUCCCUGGAGUGGCUCAACCUGGCCAGGUGGUUCAUUAACCAUAAGGUCUACUCCCCAAAUGUACGCUGGAUCAUCCAGGUCCCCAGAAUCUAUGACAUAUUUAGAUCCAAAAAGCUGCUUCCAAACUUUGGGAAGAUGCUGGAGAACAUCUUCUUGCCUCUUUUUGAAGCCACGAUCAACCCCAGGGAUCACAAGGAACUUCACCUCUUCCUCAAAUAUGUGACAGGCUUUGACAGUGUGGAUGAUGAGUCUAAACAUAGUGACCACAUGUUCUCCGACAAGAGCCCUAACCCAGACAUCUGGACCAGUGAGCAGAACCCACCCUACAGCUACUAUCUGUACUACAUGUAUGCCAACAUCAUGGUGCUCAACAACCUCCGCAAGGAGCGAGGAAUGAGCACCUUCUUGUUCCGGCCUCACUGUGGGGAAGCUGGUUCCAUCACACAUCUAGUCUCUGCCUUCCUGACUGCCGACAACAUCUCCCAUGGACUGUUGCUCAAGAAGAGUCCAGUUUUGCAGUAUCUCUAUUAUCUCGCCCAGAUCCCCAUUGCCAUGUCUCCCCUGAGCAACAACAGCCUGUUCUUAGAAUAUUCCAAAAACCCACUGCGAGAGUUUCUGCACAAGGGACUCCACGUCUCUCUCUCUACUGAUGACCCCAUGCAGUUCCAUUAUACCAAGGAGGCCCUCAUGGAAGAAUACGCCAUCGCUGCCCAGGUGUGGAAGCUCAGCACAUGCGACCUGUGUGAGAUCGCUCGAAACAGCGUGCUUCAGAGCGGGCUCUCCCACAAGGAAAAGCAAAAAUUUUUGGGACCAAAUUAUUAUAAAGAAGGACCUGAAGGAAACGAUAUUCGAAAGACAAACGUUGCCCAGAUCCGGAUGGCUUUUAGAUACGAGACCUUAUGCAAUGAGCUGAGCUUUCUGUCCGACGCUAUAAAAUCAGAAGAGAUUACAGCCUUGUUUAAAUAGGUUCCAUCCUGGGACAUGCCUUUGGAACCUGCUGGUUUUAACCUUGCCUGCUGUGGUGGGUGCCAGUUGAGGGGAGCCUGCUCAGGACCAAAUUCGGCCUCCCUGGAAGUGAAGGCUCUGUGACACUGUCCAGGAGCCUCCAUCCUCUUCAUUCCAGCAUAUACCUGGAGCCAAGGCACUGAGGCAUUGCGUUGUCUGUGUGCAGCGGGGCCUUGGGGGCUGCCUUGGGGGCCUGGGUUUCUGUUUGUACUUUUUUCUUAGUUUUCCAGACACUUGCCACAAGACUGCCAGCACUUGCAUGAAAGAGGUUGUACUUUCCAUGGUCAGAGGCCAUUGUAUUGCCAAUCAACUCUUCUAGCCUAAAUGGCAAGUGGAGUAAGA